GUAAAUUCAUAAUCUAUCCUCCCCCUUAUCAACGUCCAUGAAGUAAACGGAUUGGCCAAAAUUUAAAGCUGAUAACAAGUUCCGAAUAGAUCAAUCAACCGAUACCCUAACGAAUCGUGGCUUUUCACCGAACACCAAAAGUGGCAGUCGUGUGUGAUCUUUUGAACAAUACGAAAUGUUUCGAUCCUAUCGGGACAAGCUGCGGCUUAAAGCUGACCGCGCAGCGGAAACGGACGAGAACUAUGGCCUUACCAUCUCCAGCGUUUGGUCGUUCAUCAUAACAGGCCUUGUGAUCGGUAUCUACUUUUUGGUGUAUCUCAACUGGAUCUCGCUGCCUACAGGACUCACGAUCGCGAAUGAAGAGUCUAAUCCGGGUCGAUUUAUCGCCGAAGUGGCUAAGAAUAAUCUUGCCAUUCUAACUAGCCAAGGGCCACGGGUAGGGGGAAGUUACACGAAUGAAGUUUUCACCGUAAACUUCCUUCGACAGACAAUUGAAAAUAUUAUGGCGAAGGCUAAUCCCGUGCACAAGUUUGAGUUGGAAGUUCAACAGCAGAAUGGCCACAUGUUUCUAAACUACACGGUAUAUCCGCAGACAAGUGUCUACCAGGGCAUCCAGAAUGUGGUAGUGAAAGUCACACCGGCUGGGGCCGUCGAACCGGAAAACUAUUUAAUGCUGAGUUCACAUUUCGACAGCGUCCCGCAGAGUCCGGGAGCCGGCGAUGACGGCACAAUGACCGUAGUAAUGUUGGAAACGCUGCGGCAAAUUUCGCUGGACGAUUCACCGUACCAGCACGGAAUAGUGUUUGUGUUUAAUGGGUUGGAGGAAAACACCCUGCAAGGAUCGCACGCCUUCAUGGCUUACCACCGCUGGUGGGAAAAUGUACGAGCCUUCAUCAAUAUGGAUGUGGCGGCGAACGGAGGCCGGGAGAUCAUGUUCCAGGCGGGACCGAAGUUUUCUUUUCUGAUGCAGUAUUACAGAGACUUCGUGCCCCAUCCGUACUGCACGGCUGCCGCCGAGGAGCUCUUCCAGGCCGACUUGGUACCCUCGGAGACGGACUUCUACGUGUACUCCAAAAUGGGUGGCAAACCGGGAAUGGAUUUCGCCCAUAGCACCUGGGGCUACCUGUACCACACGGGAUACGACGCACUGGAUACGAUCCCACUGGAAACGCUGCAGCACACGGGAGAUAACGUGCUCUCACUGGUUCGGGGUCUUGCCAACGCACAUGAGCUCGCUGACAUCGAUCGACACGAGGGCCAGAAGGCGGUGUUUUUCGACUUUCUUCAUUGGUUUCUGGUUUACUACCCCGAUUGGGCCGGAAUACUGAUCAACUCGUUGAUGGCUGCCCUCGGUUUGGGGCUACUAUUCACCUCGCUGUGGCUUAUGUCCAACAAUUCGAGCGUUAGCUUCGGUCGAAUGAUGUGCCAGUUUAGUGUCAAUCUGGGUGUGCAGCUGCUCUCGAUUGCGGUCGGAAUUGGCUUCUCUCUGCUGAUGGCAGUGAUCAUCUACGCUGCCGGUGGAGCGAUGUCUUGGUUUACGGAGAGUUGGCUCGCGUUCGGACUGUACAUGUGCCCUUUUCUUAUCUGUACGAUAUUGGGUCCGCUGUUGCUAAUUCGGUUCUAUAAAAUCGACGACAUAUUACUCCAAACGAGGAUCCUGCUGUUCCUCUUCGCCCAGCAGUUGAUCUACAUCGUCAUACUAAUCGUACUGACGGCGAUGACAAUCCGAUCGGCGUACAUAUUUGUCAUCGUUGUAAUCUUUUUCAACGCCUCCACAAUCGUGAAUAUGAUCAUACGCUUCAAAAACUUCCACUGGGUCUACAUCCAUCUGAUUGGACAGAUCUUUCCCCUCGCCUACUACGCCUCGUUCUCGUUGUCCUUGUUUGCCACCUUCAUUCCGAUGCAGAACCGUGGAAAUGCCGAAACAAAUCCAGAUAUAAUGAUAUCGCUGUUUUCUGUAAUAGUAAUACUUUUGAUUAGUAGUUUUCUUACCCCGCUGGUGGCGAUGACGAGGAAGCCGUUCAUCUUCUUCGGUACGGUGGUGACUUUCUGGCUGAUCACCAUCAUCGUUAUGGUGACGUCGGUUGGGUUUCCCUACAGAGCCGAAACUUCACCGCAAAGAUAUUAUGUUUUUCAUCUUGAUCGCAAUUUCUACAGUUUCAAUGGACAGUUGCGCCGUUCGGAUAGCCACUUUUACAUCCAUCCGCAGGAUGUUCACACCCCGGGAUACAUCAUGGACGUGGUCCCCGAAAUGGAACGAGCAACGCUGCUGGGAGACGAAUGCGAUCAGGAACUCUACUGCGGAAUUCCGUUCUAUCAGAAUACAUUCCACGCCCGGCGGAACGUCGCCUGGUGGCUGCCGGCUGGUAAACCCGUGCUGCCCACUGCAGUGACUUUCCAAUUCGUCAGCGAGGAUCGGAUUGCUCCCAACUUAACACGAUACGAUUUCACCGUGCAGGGACCGGACCAUAUGAGUUUCUACGUAUCGCCGAUUCCUCCCAACAAGCUGCUAGAGUGGAGUUUCAGUGAGAAAAUUCCGCACAGUAGCUAUCCCUGGAACGGUCAGGAUGUUCAUUUCAUCAACUACGUGCACGGCAUCGACGAUUCCCCGUACCCGUUUUGGGUGCUUAUCGAGCACGAGGGGGAAAAAUCAGCCACCGAGCCGAGCUUCCAUCUGAACAUUGUCGCCCAGUACAUGCACCACGAAGAAUACCGAACAGCUGAGUUUAAGCAAUUUAUUGAAAACUUUCCCGAUUACGCCCACGUCGUCGCUUAUCCGAGCUAUCUGCAAAGUAGAGUGUUUUGAAUUGACCGUCAAAGGAUUUUUUUCGUAUGAAAAAAGCGGUUGACCCUAAUGAAU